AUGGCCGGGGCAAACUUUGCUAUGAAAGUCGCAAUACCCCGACAUGUGUCCACUGUCACACCGCCAUCCAACAAGCGAGUCUCACGGGCAUGCGAAUCAUGUCGCCAGCGAAAACAAAAAUGUAACGGCAAAACUCCAAGCUGUAGGCAAUGUGAAGAAGCAAAGACUCCAUGCAUCUAUCCACUCAAGUCACGCGAGAAGACGACAAACCAAAUCCGAAGUCUCCAGGAAAAGGUGCAAGAUUACGAGACUACGUUGAAAGAAUUAGCAGACCAGGUUAACGGUGAACAUGCCGAACGCAUUAAAGAUUUACUUCAGAAGUACGAUUCCAAUUCAAACACUGCGUCGAAUGGAACGCCAGAUGCAAAUCAGCACCAAACUGGGGGGUCUAAGCGAUCCAGCUCACCUUCUUCCAUUGGGUCACUGGACGCGGUAGAUCGAGUCGAGGAAGACCUCAAUUUAACAGAAAGUUCCCGUGCCACUGGAUAUAUGGGAAAGAGCUCGGAUGUUACGUGGAUGGGUCGCGUCGAGGAAGAAACUGAACUGCGCAGUCGCGAUCAGUCACCAAAAGCCAAACCCGAGGAUUACACCACGGACAAAGUGGCUCCAUCCACGGUCAAUUAUCAUAUUGAUGACCUGGGGAUCGAUGCACCCGGGCCGGUACAAAUGUAUUGGGUGCCUCCACAAUCAGUGGCGGAUCAUCUGUUUGGAACAUAUAUGCACGCAGUUCACCCUCAUUUCCCCAUCAUCAACAAGACCCUGUUUUCAAGACAAUACAGGGAUUUCUUCAAUGAUCUAUCUUAUGCGGGUGAUAGGUGGAUGGCAAUAUUGAACAUGAUAUUCGCCAUUGCAACGGAAUACUUGUAUAAUAGCGAUGACGCACGGCGGGGAGAUAUCAAAGACCAUCUGUUCUACUUGACACGGGCUAGAAUGCUAAGUAUGGGUGGUGAUAGUUUAUUUCAGCAUCCAGACCUUGAGCAAGUGCAAGUAGAGGGAUUGGUUGCAUUUCACAUGUUAUCUACGAGCCAGAUCAAUCGGGCAUGGAGGAUCUCUGCUUUAGCAAUUCGGUCCGCCAUCUCCCUUGGCAUAAACCUGAAAAGCAGUUCCUUGAAAAUGUCAGGUAUAGCGAAGGAGAUACCCUGCCGAGUUUGGUGGUGUCUUUACACAGUCGAACAAAAGCUAGGCUCGAUGACUGGCCGAGCAACCUCUAUCUCGAUCAAUAUGUAUACCGCCCAACUCCCACUUCCCUUUGACGAAGACCAUCUGUCUGAGCCACCAGCUUCAGAACUUCUUGAUGACCUUGAUAUGAGAGAAAAACGCGUGAACAUGGCCAUGACUAGCCCGCACCUCCGGCAUCCCGACCGUCUGCAGACCGAAGAGGCAAAAUCUGGGCGCUCAUGGCUUCAAAGCCUGCCGGUUGAUGCCAGUCUUUACUUCCUGUACUGCUGCGAUCUUACAGUUCUGAACCAAGAAAUCCUAGACCGCGUCUAUUCAGCAGAGUGUGCGACGAUAUCGUGGGAAGAUAUUAAGAGCACUAUUAGACGUCUGAAGGGAACAGUUGAUGCGUGGUUAUCAACUCUUCCACCAGGGCUGGACUUCACCUGUAUGAACGACGAAAAUCUGCACACCUACUGGGCAAAAACAAACCUGGCAUUUCACUAUCAUAGCACUCGGAUCAUGCUAGGUCGACCAUGUCUCUGCCGACACAACCCAAAUCGGAGCGAAGAACAAAGGAAACGUCUCGACCAGCGAGGAUUCAGCCACAACAUGGCUGUGAUGACCUUGGAAUCGGCCAUGCACAUGCUCGAUCUGUUGCCCGAUGAGCCUAGUUCUGCGCAUCUAUAUCAGGUUUGCCCAUGGUGGUGCUUUCUCCACUAUAUCAUGCAGACAUCAACAGUGAUUAUCCUGGAGCUGUCGUUUGGCUGCGUGCAUAUGAAAGAUCGAGAAAGUAAUUUGGUUCAGUCGGCGAAAAAGUCAGUCCGGUGGCUUUACAUGAUGUCAAUGCAUUGUACAGCGUCAUACCGUGCAUGGCAACUUUGUGAAAGUGCGGUUCGCCGGCUAGUAUCCAGUAUGGGGUAUGAUGCCAGUGAUAUACCAGCACAUCCGCAGCGUGACGAUUCAAUUGUUGACUCCUCUGGCCUUGAAGCACUUGCAAAGCAUGAUCUAACAAUUGACAAUGCGCAUGUCUUACCUUACAACGAUCAAAGUCAACCGUCAACUCUUCCCCUUAGAAGUCAUGCCGUGGACAACUUCAAUCACGAUUCGGACUUCGCGAAUUAUUUGGACACUGGUGUUUUAUCCACGUCGAAUACCCAAGACUAUACUGGAGGCGAUGUACAUUUCCCUCUGGACCCAAUUAGUGAAGAAUUUAUUCGUUACUUCUUCCCUUCGCUGGACGGAGCGGGCAACCCAGACGGUGGAUUGCAUCAAUCCUGA